AAAAGUUCAGUUUGGUUUCUUCAACCCUUGGAAGUCUCGUGCUCUCGUUAACACACUUCUUUCUCAGAUAAUCCUCAGCCAGGACAAUGAGCAGCGAUAGUGACGCAUCAGCCACAGAAUCGAAAGCUCUGAAGCGACAGGCGGCAAAGCGCAAAAAGACCAAAUGUGGCAGUGAUUCAGAGAUUGAGGGCUACAACAAUGAGAGUGAGGUUAAGAUUCCCCGGAUAAAUCCCAUCAGCGUGAUCAGAAACAAGGCCCUGCGCAACAAGGCGUUUCAAAAGGUGCAACUGGAGCGGAAGAAGACACAGAAGAAGGAGCGGAAGAAGCGCCAGAAAGAGGGUGGAGAGAGAAGCACUGGUCACACACUUGAAAGUCUCCGAGAGAAAGAUGAGACAACUGUGGAGCAUCUGGAGGAUUCGGAGAAUGAGGAACUACGCCUGGAGAUGCAGAUGGAUGAAUUGAGUAACUAUUAUAGCAAGGAAAUUGAACCGAGAGUGCUGAUCACCUUCUCUGAUCAUCCUCAUCCCGGAACGCGAAUGUUCGGCAGGGAACUGACUAGGAUCAUCCCUAAUUGUCUUACGCUAAUGAGGAAUAGAUCGUCUGUUAAGAAGAUUUGCCAAAGCGCCAUUCGGGAAAACUUCACAGACGUCCUGAUAAUUAAUGAAAAUCAGAAGAAAGUUAAUGGAUUGCUGCACAUUCAUCUUCCUCACGGCCCAACAGCGCAUUUCCGGGUCAGCAAUGUGAAGCUGACGAGUGAGAUGAAGAAGAACUAUCGGGAAAUCUCCAAGCAUCGCCCAGAAGUCAUCCUAACGAACUUCUCCACUCGCCUCGGUCUCUCAAUAGGCCGUCUUUUGGGCUCGCUCUUUCACUUCGAUCCAGAAUUUCGGGGACGACGCGCUGUGACUUUCCAUAAUCAGCGUGACUACAUCUUCUUCCGGCAUCACCGUUAUGAAUUCACUAAGGACGGCAAGAGGGCGAAACUACACGAAUUGGGGCCCAGAUUCACGCUGAAACUGAGAAGUCUCCAGCAGGGACUUUUUGACAGUAAGACAGGAGAUUACGAGUGGAUCAUCAGCAAUAAGCGCCACAUGAUGGAAUCCAGAAGACGCUUCUUCCUUUGAAAGACACAUUCACCAAUUUAUUCGCGCACAAUACGACUCCCGGAUAUAAAAGAGAUUACGGCGGAUCUCACAUCAUUGGGCACUGGUUGGGAUUGCUCAAUUGAGUGGGAUCAACUCCCACGUCCAUUAGCUCUGCCGGCGGUUGGCCCAAUUCCUGCAUCUGCAAAUGUAAGGGUGAAGUUAAUAAAGGUUUUGACACAAUUGAAA